AGUCAUCUUGAAUUUGAUUGUUUGACGUUGUAUUAUUUGAAAGUUAUGUUUGCUUUUCUAUUUUAAUUCGGAAAAUCAUUAACGAAUUAUAUCCUAAAAGAUUCAUUAAACUGUGAUGAACUGUUAACCUGUGUGUGGACGUCUUUUUUAUUAGUAAAAACUGGUUUAAAGUGUUUUAAAAUGCCGAGAACUAAAGCAUACAAUAAAAAACCAACAUCAAAAUUAGAUGAAGAAGCUUUCGAUAGACAAUUUCUUCUAGAGAUUUUACAUAAACUAAAGCAAGAAUUCAUUGAUUUAAUUGAUGUAAAAUUUCGUUGUAUGUUGGAAGAUGACAGAAGAGAAAUUAUGAAGCAAUUUUCCGAAGAAGAACUAAAUACUAAAUUAUGUGACCUGGAUAAUGUGUUAGUUUCACAAAGUCAUGCAAGUAUAAAUUUAACGCGCAAACAAGACCUUUUAAAUUCCACGAAGUCUGUAAGGAAAGGAGGAAAACGACUGACGCGAAGUUCUUCUGCCACAGAUGAAGGCUACUUAACAACAGAGAGUUCAAAUUCAGUUGAUAGGAUCUCUAAACAUCAGCCUCGAGCCAAAAGUAAGAAAAUUGAGAAGAAAACUAGAACUAGCACUAGGUUAUCAAGGUCGUUGUCCAGAAGUCAUACAGAUUCAACCGGUCAAAAUUUCUUAACACCAGCAAACAAGAAAACUCCACCAAAUGUCUAUGGAGUUGUUACACCUAAGUGUAAACCAAACACGCCGCACGUUCUACUACGUCGACCAAAACAUAACGAAGUCGCCCUAUCUUUCCAAGGCAGUCCAUUACUCACAGCUGCCGUAGCCCCAGACGAAUUUGCCAACAUCAACAUACCCCUUAACGAUGGAAGUUUACUAAGCUUGCGACCCCAGAAAGGCCUAAGACUGUCACAGAUACCCAAAUUUGAUAUGGAUACUAUGAGGCAAUUGCAGACAUUAAAAGACCACAUUUCAAUGGUGUUGGGCUCGUCUCAAAACGAUUCAUAUUAGUUGUAGGCGAUUAUUUUCCCAUUAUUUUUAGAAUAAUAUCUGCUCUAUUUCAAGCAAUAAGUACAGUUGAUUAUCUAUUUAAUUUAUGGCAUUGAAAUACGAAUAGUUUGCUUAAUGUUUGAAAUCGAUCAUAUCCAUUGGAGACUACCAAAAGUAUAACGUAAAAUUAUAGAAAUUUACGUGAUAGUCAUUUUAAAUUAUUUUUUUAAUAAAUACGUUUUUGUUCUUCUUAAGAUCAACGAUGGUUAUACAGGAUAUUUCUAAAUAUGUAUCACAAACUUUAAGGGGUUAACAUGAAAAAAUAACAAUUUGCUCUAUAAACAUAUGUCCGCAAAUGCUUCGUUUUCCGAGAUACAGGGUAUUGAAAUUUUUCUUACAAAUCCAAGAUUUAUUUAUUACUCUAAAACCGGUUAAGAUAUACAAAUCAAAUUUGGUGGGUUUUAAGAGGUAGUUAUUGCGCAUUUUUUGACAUACAAUUAAGAAUUUUGGAUUCACCAUUGGCGCGCUUACUGGUAAUGGUCUGAUUUGUACACCACUGAUAUAUUUCAAAUUAAAAGUCAUUUUUGAAUUCCUCAUUAAAUUUCUGACAAAAAGGCUAUCUUCCCUUUUUCUCAUAUGACGCGCCGUUCCCAUGCAAAAAAUAAAACAUCUUACCGCUUAUGAAGUAUUAGAAAUAAAUUUAUAUACAUUCAUUAUAGAAACUUUGUCGAAUACUUCGUAAGCGUUAAGAUGUUUUAUAGUCCAGGGCGGAUCUGUUUUGAGAUGAACGUUGAGAGGUGACUAAUUCUUUUGCAGAAAUUGCUUGAAAUUAACCCAUAUAAUAAUAAUCCUCCCGCUCAAAACGGUCCGGAACAUUGUUUAAAUAAUCAAAAUGUCAAAAAAUGAAGGAAAAAUUCGAUUAUUUUCUUCGUUUUUUGAUUAUAACUUUAAAAGUAUUCACUUUCGAGAAAAGUUGCACUAAAAUAAAAGUUGCGUAAUUAAAUUUCCUACAAUAUACGAUUGAAUAAAAAUUUUUAAAAUUUUUACCCUUGUUGCAAAAUAGCAAUAAUUGCGAAAAAAACAUAAAAAAAAAACAAGUAUUCGCAUUUUACAUUUUUCAACCAUUUCUGCUACACUUAGGACCUUCAUAUUUCACCCAGAAAAACUUUAUGAUAUGAUAAAACUAUACUGUAGAUUUAGUUAAGAUCGGUUCAAUAGAUUUUGCAAAAUAAAUUUUGUAAUUAAGAUUUCGCAAAAAAAAUUCAUUUUUUCAAAAUUUUGCAGGACUGAAAAUAAAUCAGAGAGCAAGUUAAAUUUUUUUUUACUAAUAGAAGAAUACUGUACCUUUCAUUUGCAAUUUGCAAAAUUAAAAUCGGUUAACUAACACUGCGUCAGAAAUUUUUUAAAAUAAACAUUAAUUUUUGGUGAUACGCGCACGACAGCGGUGUUCUAUUCACACUAGUUGAUUUCCACCAAAAUUUCUUCCAAUAUUUAUCUAAUAUAUUAUUUUUUUACUCUAUAUUUUAUUGUAUGUUCAUAUUUUAAUCUCACAAAAAUCAAACUAAUUUGAAUAUUGUUUGUGAAAAAUUAUUUAAACAAUUGCAUAUGUUUAAAAAUAAUACACUUUUAUUAAGUGUAACAUAACAUAAGUUAAAAUAUAUGAACAAAGAAAGUUUUUGUUAAAAAAAGUGCUAUUUCAAAGGACAGAGUAUGUGUUUUUAUUUUGCAAUAAACAAAUUUAUUUAUUUAUUUCGAAAUGUACUAAAAAUUAAAAUUUAUCAAUCAUUAUCAAAGGCCAUUGGAAUGACCAAUCAGGGCGAACGUAUCCGCUGUCCUGCGCGUAGCACCAAAAAUUAAUGUUUAUUUAAAAAAAAUUCUGACGCCGUGGUAGUUAACCGAUUUUAGUUAUGCAAAUUUCAAAUGAAAGGUACUGUUGUAUUCUUUUAUAUGGAAAAAAAAAUAAUUUUGAAAAAAUGAUUUUUUUACUGUAUUGCAAAAUUUAUUUUGCAAAAUCUAUUAAACCGAUCUUAAUGAAAUUUACAGUAUUGUUUUAUCAUAUAAUAUAGUUAUUCUGAGUGAAAUAUGAAGGUCCUAAGUGUAGCAUAAAUUGUUGAAAAUGGGAAUACUUGUCUUUCUAUGGUUUUUUCGAAAUUAUUGCUAUUUUACAACAAGGGUGACAAUUUUUAAAAUUUUAAGUUAAUCCUAUAUUGUAGGAAAUUUAAUUACGCAACUUUUAUGUCGGUACAACUUUUCUCGAAAAUGAAUACUUUUAAACUUAUUAUCAAAAAACCAAGAAAAAAAUCGAAUUUUUCCUUCAUUUUUUGACAUUUUGAUUAUUUAAAUUUAAACAAUGUUCCGGACCUUUUUGAGUGGGAGGAUAACUCAAAUAUUAUGUCGUAUAAAUAUUAUGUGUUAUUUAUGUCGUAUGAAAAAAGGGAAGAUAGAUUUUUUUUAUCACAAAUUGAACGAAAAAUUCAAAAAAGAUUUUUAAUUUGAAAUAUAUCAGUGGCGUACUAUUUUUGUCAUUAAAAAAUUUAUACCGUUACCCGUGUGCGCGCCAAUGGUGAAUAUAAGAUUCUUAAUUGUAUGUCAAAAAAUGCGCAAUAACUACCUCUUAAAACCCACCAAAUUUUAUUUGUAUAUCUUAAUCGGUUUUAGGGCAAUAAAUAAAUCAUCAAUUUGUAAGAAAAAUUUUAACACCCCGUAUCUCGGAAACUGUCAUAAGUUUUUCACGUAGAAUAGGGAACUUGCAUAAAAUUUUAAAUUCCAAAAAAAAUGCUAUAUAUCACAACAGAACAUAAUUUUCAACAUAUAUCAAAGAAAAAAGUUUUUUUGUCUUUCGUUUGGCCCCUAAAGACGAUUAAAAAUUAAAAUUAGAGCAGCCAGUCCAAAACGCGCCCUCGUUGGUCGUGACAUCAUAGUAUUGGAUGUCCUCGUCAUUAAUUGAUUAGGUUUAGCAGUCGUUUUGGUACAAAACGUCGUUUUGGCAACAAACUGGUAUAUAUUAUUACACUGACAUACGAUAAAUGUUAUUAAAAUAUAAAUAUAACCAUAAACAUAAAUAAAAUAUAAUUAGGUGACGUCACGGGUCGUUUGAACUAUUUUAAAUACACAAGAUUUUACAGUUGAGUCCAGGGUUCUUUACCCGUGCGUCAUCAUUUAAAGCAUACGAAAUAAGUCGGUUUACUAAACGCAACAGCAAGUGACAGAAAGUUUCCACUGCUCCGAUCACGGGUUAUACAUAUUAUAAAAUUUGACGUUAUCAAAUAAAUAGAAUGUCAAAAAAUGCAAAUUUUAGUCUAAAAUUUUGGUGUAGAAUUACAGCUACAUUUGAAGUAGCUUAAUAAAUUAUUUUAAAUCAUUAGUGAUUAAUAAAUAAAUAAAUAAUUUAUAAAAAAAUUCAAUAACAUAUUUUCUUUUUGUAAUUUUAUUCACAUUGGUGGAAACUUAAACACAACCGUUCUUUGACUGUGUGAAUGAGGUUCGUUUUGUAUGUUGUAAAAAUUAAUUGAAAAAUAAAUAAGUACACUUACCAUAAAAUUUGAAACUCCAAUAUAAAAUUAGUUGUGAAAACAACUGUUUUUGUAAUAUAAAAAAGUUCAAAAUGCAAAAAUUCAACAAGACAGCAAAAAAUUCAACAGACUGACAGCCACAAAAGUAAACAAACCAGAAACGUCACUAAUUGUACUUAAAAUCUGAAAACAUGCCCAAACGUAUUUUUUUGUACCCAUCUCUUUUCAAUGUACUGAGUCUAGACCUAGAGCAGCGGUGCUCAAAGAGUCGAUCGCGAUCGACCGGUCGAUCGCCAAAGUUUUUGAAGUCGAUCGCGAUUCACGGAAAAAAUACACAUGGAAAAGGUGGAGACUGCGCUCACUUAUGGAUAAUAUGAAGUGCAUUAACAUCCAAGUAAAAUUAAGAUGAAAAACAUCUUUACUUACAACUCUCUAUAGUUACAACGUUUUAUCAAAUAGUAAUGUGAUAUAAAGUUUUUUAUUUUCAAUUUUUUUUACUAGCAGUCGAUCGCUGGAUGCUUGCAGUAUAUGUGGUAGAUCCCAUAUGUGGUAGUGUAAGUCUGAUCACCACUGACCUAGAGCGUUCAUAAAAUGCAAACAUAUGGUUUUGCUUAAUAACAGGCGGUAGCUGGUUUGUCUUUAGUUUCAUGCGUGGAAGAGAAUGAUGCUAGAUAAAAAGUGUGUGUUUUAUCUCGCAAGGUAUUAAUGACACACUGGUAAAGAACCCUGGAGUCAAGUGUAAAUUUGUAUUUCUAAGUUAUUAUGAGUUUUUGAAGUGUGAAAUUUUGGAAAUGUCAUUUUUAAACAAAACUGAACAUUAAUAUGUAAUAAAAAAAUGUGCAAGUUCCCUAUUACCCCUUAAAGUUUGUCAUACUUAUUUAGAAACACCCUGUAUGUUGCAACCUCAAGUACAAAAAUAAUAUAUUUGACAAUCGGUACCCCCAAUAUUAAAAUGACGAAUAUUUCCUUCAAAUGACUUUAGUUGAUAUUAUUAUCCACAUUUUUGAUCUUUUUGCUCUGAUAAAAUCCUUUUUAGCUUCAUAAUUACGUUCAACAAAAUUUCAAAAAUUGUAUGAAAUUUUAAGUUUAUUUUAAAACUUUGGUUAGUCUCUAAGCUUUAAUUUUAAACGAUUUUAAUAUUAUUCUUUAAUUUUUAUGACAAUAUUAUACAGUAUUUAGUUUUAAUAAGGAUUUUUCCCAAAACCUUUUCCUUGUAACAUCUCAGCUUUUAUUAAAUAGUUCGUUGGCCAUAAAUCACAAAUUAGUGGGUUUUAUGUUUACCAUAAUGGCAAUAAUUAAUAGACUCGAAUUUGUGAUUUAGUCCUAACGAUAUAUUUUAUAAAGUAUAGUGUGAACGUUUUAAUUGUUCUCUUUGAUGUGUUUAUGUAUAAAUAAAGAAAAUGCUUUACA